AUGGCCAGCCGCAAGCGCAAGGCGCCCUCGAGGUCGAAGACGUCCCGAAGCGACCUCCCGGAUGUAUACCAAGAUUUGCUGGCCGAGGCUGGUGCCGGCCCGUCUACGCCGCCUCUCGCAGAGGAGUCACCAAGGAAGCGUAGACGGCCAGGUGAGAGGCCGGCGACACCAGCUGCGGCGCCGAAGACUCCCAAGACGGAGCAGGUCUCGGAGGACGACGACAGCGACGAUGAGCUCGAGUUUGAAGAUGUACCCAUUCCGGCGCCAAACCUUCAGACGAUGUACCUGGACACUGAUGAGGAGGACGAGGACGAUGAGAUGAUCUUCGAAGAUGUGCCCAUCGUACCUAUGCAGACCAGCCCCAUCAUUGCCGCACCCCGAGCCGACCUCGAGCUGAACCUGACAGCGCAUCGAGCAGUUGCGCCAAAGGCACCAGAGAGACGAAAACCAAUCACCAAGGCGGAGAGAGACCUCCGGAUUCACGCCCACAAAUCACAUUUGUUAUGCUUAUUGAUUCACACGGCGCGGAGAAACCGGUGGUGCAACGACAGUGAGGUGCAGAACCGCCUGCGUCCGUUGCUGUCAAAGAAGGUCGCCUCUCUGCUGAAGCCGAGACCGAACCUGUCUCAGUUUGGCCAAACUGAGUCCUUGAAGGACGGUCUCGAACAAAUCGGCCGUACCUUCAAGGCCAAGUACCAGGUGACCGAACGUGGUCUCCGUCGUUGCCUCUGGGCUGAAGCACCUGAACAUCUAGAAAAGUAUGAACCCCCAGACGACAUGGACUCGUGUAUCGGGAGAGAUGAUUUUCAGACUGCGGCCCGAACGCUCGAAGGAUCACGCGACACGGGUGCACAGCUGCUUUGUGCGUUGCUACGGUCAGCAGGUGUGCAGACUCGCCUAGUGGCCUCCUUUCAACCGCUGAGCUUCACAGCCGGCGGUCCAACCUUGCCGAAGCCUCAAACAGUCAAAAUGUCGACUUCGAAAGCCAAGGCAGAGGAAAUGCAGCGUCUCGCCAAAGCCAAACAAGAAAUGGCGCCUUCACCGGCCACACCCUCGGCCAGGAGGCGGCUCGGCCAUCCCAACGCGACAGCAUACCGCGUGCCGACCAUGACGGCAGCGCCUAGCACGUCGCGGCCCGUCAAAAUCCACAAACCGCUCCGCGAGUCUCCGUAUCCGGUGUACUGGGUCGAGGUUCUCGACGUUGCACAUCAAAGAGAUGCGAACAGCGCGCGCAGUGUGGGCAAGCGCUCAAGUGUUUCGCGACGGCGACCGACGGAUGUCGAUCAUAUCGAAGCCAGCGAGCUUGAGGCGACGGCGUCACGGGAACCCAUGCCGCGCAACGUUGCCGAUUUCAAAGACCACCCCAUCUACGCGCUGGAACGACACUUGCGGCGCCACGAAGUGCUCAAAGCCGACGCGCAGCCGGCGGGGACAAUGAGCGCCGGCAGCAAGGCGCCGCUGGAGACGAUCUACCGGCGACGGGACGUGCGGAUCGCCCGCAGCCGCGACAAGUGGUAUCGCAUGGGGCGAGACGUCAAAGCGAUGGAAAUGCCCGUCAAGUUUCUGACAAAGCGAGUCAACACCAAGCCCGGGGAGUACGUGGAUGACGGUUACGGGGGCGACGUGCGCGACGCCGAGGGAACACCGGUGUUCACGGAGGAGCAGACGGAGGACUACAGGCCGCCGCCGGUAGUGCGGGGGCGGGUGCCGAAGAACAAGUUUGGCAACAUCGAUCUCUACGUGCCCGGCAUGGUCCCCAAGGGGGGCGUCUGGAUCGCCGACGACAGCGAGGACGAGCCUUCGUCUGCGCGGGCGGCGUUCAUCUUGGGCAUCGACUACGCGCCUGCACUCACUGGAUUCUUGUUCAAGGGGCGACAGGGCACAGCGGUGCUCAAUGGCGUCGUGGUGGCCAAGGAAUACGAAGAGGCCAUGCGGGCAGUCAAAGCCGGGCUCAGCGAUGUCGAAGCACAGCAGCAGCAGGACCGCAGAGCCACGGCAGCGCUGCGAAUGUGGAAGCGGUUCCUCGUGGUCCUACGUAUCCACGAACGGGUGUAUGCCGGUGUCAGCGCCGAGGAGAGGGCGGCAGACGAGGCAGGACGAGGGUUCGUGGCAGAUGGGGAUCAAGAGGGCCACGGUUCGGAUUGUGCGACGGAGGCUGCGCAUGAGGAUGAAGUGCUAGAUGAGGAGGCUCUCGAGGCGCCUGAUGAGGUGGAUGCAGACGAAGAGGCAGCCAGUGAAACGACCGAGGAGAUCACCAUGGCGGAGGAGGACUUUGGUGGUGGUGGCUUCAUGACCGAGGGUGAUGACCUGGGUGGUGGCUUCAUGGUUGACUGA